CAUUAGUGUACCUACGUAGUGCACACUUACAGGAAGGAGGGAGUGUCUUGGGAUUGGACCUGUGAAACAGUUUCAGUGCGCUUGGGCGAAGAUGGCGCAAGCACUAUCAGAAGAGGAGUUUCACCGUAUGCAGGCCCAGCUUCUGGAGCUGCGAACGCAGAACUACCAGCUCUCAGAUGACCUGCGAAAGAACACUGCAGAGCUCAACAAUGUCCGCCAGAAGAUCUUGACCUUGGAGAAAGAUUACCUCAAAGCACAGAAGGCACUUAAUAAGAGCAAGAAAGCUCAGGAGGUGGAUGCGUUACUGAGUGAAAAUGAGAUGCUUCAGGGCAAACUGCACAGCCAGGAGGAUGAUUUCAGACUGCAGAACAGCACCCUCAUGCAAGAGCUGUCCAAGUUAUGUUCCCAGAUUGAGCAGUUGGAGGCCGAGAAUCAGGGUUUGAGGGAGGGGAGGGGCCUCCAAGCUCACGCCCCUAGCCCUGUGUCCGGCCCAACAGAUGGAGAGCUUCUGCGCCUACAGGCUGAAAACUCCGCCCUGCAAAAGAAACUGGCAGCUCUUCAGGACAGCGAGCAAAACCGCAUGCGUGGAGUGGACAUAGGUGAUGGGAAAGAGGCAGCGAUUGAGGGACAGGCUGACACCAAUGGCCUCGACCAGCUGCACACAGAUGCUGCUCACUCCGGUGAUGACGUGGCAGCUGCUUCAGCCAGUGACAGACUGGAGCAGCUGCAGGCAAAAAGUGUCAGUCUGGAGCAAAGAGUAAACGAGCUAAGCGAGGUGGAGUUGAAGCUUCAGACAGAGAUGGAGGAGAAACGAUUACUGAAAGAGCAGCUACAGGCCCUGGAGGCAUCCAAACAAACUGAACUUGCAAAACUUCAAGAAGAGAAUGCUAAGCUCUCUGACAAGUUGAAGAAAAAACAGGAGAGCUUUGUGCAGCUCCAGGGGGAAAAGGAGGCUCUCUACCAUGACAGCAGGACGAAAAUAGACGAGAUUCAGCAGCGCAAAGAGGAGGAGCUGAAAUCCAUAAACUUGCGUGUGCAGAAACUACAGUCUGAUUUAAUGAACGCUAACCAGAAUGUUUCUGAGCUAAAGGAGCAGUUGCAGAGCAAGCAGAAAGAGCACGAGCUGGCUCUCCAUGCACUCAAAGAUCAGGUAGCGUGUCAGAGUGCGGUCAGUCAGGAGCAGGUGGAGGGCAUGCUGAGUGAGAAUGAAGCUCUCAGGACUAACCUAGCUGCCCUAGAACAGAUCCAGACAGUGAAGACUCAGGAGAUGAACCUCCUCAGGGAGCAGAACAUGGCGUUGAAUGUGGAGCUGCAGCAGAGACGCAGUGAGCAGGAGAGCUUACUGGCACAGAAAGAUGACCUCAGCUCUCAGCUACAGGAGUCAAAACGAGCCAGUAGUAGACUAUUGGAGCAGAUCUCUGAGCUGGGUCUAGAGAAGGAUAAGCUACAGCAAGAUCUAGAAGAAGCCAGGAAGACAGCAGACAAGCGCAAAGCCAUGCUGGACGAGCUCGCCAUCGAGACGGCACAGGAGAAGUCAAGACACAAAGAGGAGCUGAGCGACCUGCGACUCCAGCAUGAGAAAGAGGUGCUGAGCAUCCGGGCACGCUACGAGAAAGAGCUCCGCGGCCUCCAUGAAGACAAGAGCCGUACGGAGGAAGAGAUCCGCGCCCAGCUACGAGAUGAGAAGGCUCGCAAUAAGGAGCUGGAGGGUCUGCAGCAGAGUGUGGAAGAGCUGCAGGCUCAGGUGCAGUCCAUGGAGGGAACCAAGGGAUGGUUCGAGCGCAGGCUCAAAGAGGCUGAGGAGACUAUAGAGAAGAACAGACUGGAACACACAGGGGAGAUUGAGAGACUGCAGAGAGAACAAGCCCUCCAGCUUGAGGGGAAAUCGGGAGAGAUCGAGGCCGUGAGACAGCAGAUCACCGCCAUGGACAAGGAGAGAGAGGAGCUCAAUAACACCAUCGCUAAACUCAAACAGGAGAUUAGAGACACUGUGGAUGAACAGCGGAUUCUGGAGAAGAAAGGCAGUUCAGCGCUGAAAGACUUGAAGCGGCAGCUCCAUCUGGAGCGCAAAAGAGCAGACAAGUUGCAGGAGAGGCUACAGGAAAUCCUGACCAACUCCAAGACCAGGACAGGUCUGGAGGAGCUGGUGUUGUCUGAAAUCAGUUCUCCAUGUCGGACGCAGCAGACAGGAGACAGCAGCAGCAUCUCCUCCUUCAGCUACAGGGAGAUGAUGAAGGAAGGAGCAUCGGCACAGACCACCAAUAAGUCCAACACUAGCAGUCCUCAAUCCCAAAGACCAGCUGACCUUUCUGACGACGAGGUCAAUGAACUCUUCCAGAGGCUUGCUGAGGUGCAGCAGGAAAAGUGGCUGCUGGAGGAGAAGGUGAAACACUUGGAGGUCAGCUGCUCCUCUAUGGCCGAUGACAUCUGCAAGAAGAGUGCCAUCAUAGAGACUUACGUCAUGGACAGCAGGAGAGAUGGAGGAGGAGCUGCAUCUCAUGCUGCUCACCAAGGAGAGAGGGGAAGUUUGAGUUCGGUGCUCCGGGAUCUGGUCAAGCCAGGAGACGAGAACCUGCGGGAGAUGAACAAGAAGCUGCAGAACAUGCUAGAAGAACAACUCACCAAGAACAUGCAUCUACAGAAGGAUCUGGAGUUGUUAUCUCAGGAGAUUGUGCGUUUGAGUAAAGGCGCCGAUCCUGCACAAGAUCCAAAGGCCACGGGCUAACAUAAAUAAGACAAAAAACCAUGCUGCGCCUCUCAGUCUGAUUGGCCAUGGCUACAGAGAGAUGCUGCACCUUCAUACCACACAGACUGGAUGACUGGAUCGAACCUCACGUCCGCGCAGAGGACGAAUAAGUGCGUGAUCACACACAAGUCCUCAACUGCUGAAUGUACUUAACACUGUAACACUUUGCGUGUCGUUUUUGUCUCUGACGCUACAAAGAGCAGGGCGGUGUCUUGCUAGCUGACCCAGAAUGCUUUGCGUCCAUGAACUGCGCCGAACGGGCUUCAUCCCAAACCUCCACGAACCCCACAUGCUUGUCCGUGCUGAGGGAGAGGGUUUGUCUGUUCAGAGAUUCUGCUUCACAUCAACAGCAGCUUCCUGUUUUCUCUUUGUGUCACGUGUAAAUAUGAAAAUAGGAAUGAUAAAAUUAGUAAUAUAUUAGUUCCAGACAAUUAUAGGAUGUGUAGUAAUAGCUGGUAAGAAGUGAGUGUUGCGAGGAGAGUCAUGCUGCUCGUUAAGGCACACAAGUUCGGCUAGGUUCAUUAUGUCUGCUGUUCAUUAUGGCAACAAAUUAAAGUGUUUUCAGAGACAUGUGAGCGCACGUAAUUGGGCCGAUAAUUGUCAAAGCAUUUUGCACGUCAGCUCGGAGUGCUGCUAUGAAGUAAAUCGACCCCACAGCCCCACAGCCUCCCCUCGUUAACCUACCGCCCCUCUGCUUCUCUGCCUCGCUGCUUGCUUGUCGUUUGAUCCAUUUUUAGUCUAGAGGGAGAGUCGUCUCGUUUCGCAGCGAGUUCAGCCCGAAUGCCUGAAUGUUAUGACAUCAUUCCACUUACACAUAUCAAAGCUUUUGAAUAGAAAAGAUGAGACCGUCUACUUGGCAUCUGUUUGAUGGAGAAUGUUUUUUGGACACUACAGAUUGAGCUGAGCUCAACCUUAUGCUCUUAUCUAAUAAUUCCGACCAAGAACCUGUCAGAGAUUUCCUGUGUCUGUCCAUGUCUGGCUGUGUGUAAAAGCUUGCACUGACAUCAUGGUCUUCAGUAACCUUUUUCCUUUGCUCAUUCUAUAUACGCAUUGAAUUGUUGUGAAUUUUUUGUGUGAAAUCAUGACCAAAACGCUAUGAGUUUGUUCCUCCAAGGGCAAUUAUUAAUGGUUUGAUAUUAAAGGAAUACUCCUGCACUUUUCAACUUAAUCUCUGUCCACUGCAUCUGUAGUGCAUGUGUGAUUACCAUGGAACAAAAACGUAACCUGUUUACUCUAAACUCACUUAUGCGCCCAUGUCAUGCUUACCUGGAAAUCAAGUUAACUAGCGUAAAAGUAGCACUUGAGUUAAAUGAAAACCUUUAAAGUAAAUUUGAAGUAAAUUAGAGAAACAGUACAUUAAAUUCAUAGUUGCAAAAGUAAAAAUGUACUGCAGGUCCAUUGUGCUCAAGAGCCCCUUCUACUGCUUCCGUAAACCUGAUAGACUUUUGUGACACCUAUUGGAAAUAAACAAUGCAAAAUAAAAAAAAAAAACAA